AUGCGCACUCGGGGAGCUUGGCGGCGGCGGCGUGACGCGUUGGCGAGAGCCCCUCUGCCGCCCCCUCUCUUUCGCAAGAGGUGAGCGCGGCUCCCCGCCACGUGACCUCGCCUCUGCCCAGACAGGGUCUCUCUCUUCUCUUCUCUGUUCCCAUCCCCGUCCAGUUUCUGGGCUGCGGGCGGCUCGAGCCCCGCCCACUUGGCUGGGGCCUCGCGCCGGCUCCGCUGCUCUCUCCUCGGCUUCCCGUCUCGCGCCGGCGGCUCCGGCGAGCCGGGAAGGUCAAGCGCAAUAUUGCAUAGAUUUGCAAAAAAAGCAGCGCAAGCGGGGCCGGAGCGGGCAGCAGGGCGCAAAGGGCGGGAGGUAGGUAGCGAGCUGUUGUCUCCUCUUCCUCCGCUCGGCGCUUCUUCCUCCUCUUUCUUCUCGGCGCGCCCUAGGGCUUGCUCGGUGUCUGUGUGGGGUUUUUUUUGGGGGGGGGGCGGUGUCGGUUCAUUCACGGCCGUCUUUCGCCGCGAUUGCUUUUGGGGCGGGGGCUGAGGCUUGGAAACACUUUCUGCCCCCUGCCCACCGCUGCCCCCGAUCGCAUCUCCCGCGCGGUUUGCUUGUUGUGCCACGCUUUUUGCGCUUCUGGCAUCUGCCCUCCUCGUCAUCCAUCGCGGUUGGGGGAGAAAGAAAAGCGGAGACUGCGAGGAGGUGGGCAUGACUGAUCUAUAUUGAUGUGCUUUAAAAUGAAAUGAGAGCAGGCUUCCCCGCAAAGGGUUAAACCCGCCGCUUUCCCUCCACGCACAAAGCGCAACUUUGGCAACGAGGAGUAGCAGAACUGUUGCUAUUCUAGGCCCGCUGAAGUUAAGGAGAAAAGAGGGAGGCGAGGGGGAUGAAAGCAGCAGUAGCAGUAGCAGCAGCAGCAGCAGCAGCAGCUGCUUCCCAUUUUGCCCGUUAUGGUUAAGAGUGGCACAGACAGGAGCAGAAUAAGGCUGGUUUUUUGGGGGGGAGGGGGCUGCUACUCGCGAGGAGGCGCCUCUGGGUCCGAGUUUCAAUGGGUUUAGCACAGGAGGGAAGGUCACCUUUGGUACGUUCCUCACCCCAAAAAACCCCCCAACCACUGAGUGAGCAAUCUGUUGGUUUGACUGUGACAGGCAGUCCUUGGCCUGUUUGUCCUGCAACAAAAUGAUUGAGAAAGAACAUGCAGGUAAGGCAUGUAGAAACCACAUGUCUCCUAAGCUUUUUCUUUUGGGCUGGGGAAAGAGAUUUAAAAGGAAUGUGCUUUUUUGGCAUCUUCCAGCUUAGCCAAAGCGUCUUUAUUGUUAUGCAGCAAAAAUAAGUUGGUAUAAAGGCGUGUGCAUGCGGGCCUCCGAGAGCUUUUUCCCCUUUCUUUUUCUAACUGUCAGAAGGGAACCGCAACAGUUGCCAAAGUCAACAUCGCGGUUUGCCUGUUACGUGGAGGUCAAAUGUAAGGUGGGAAUGGAGGACGUGACCUUGUUUGAGCCUUGAAAUGGGCACCGUUUGGGAUUUGAGGAAGCUCCUUUCAUAUAAAGGGCAGGAGAGAGGCUGUGCAGCGUGUGAGCGGGAAGGAUCUGGGAAGAAGUGGUUUAAGUAAUUAUGGCUGCUUUCACAUGACUUCAGAAGCCACAAGUCUGUUCCUAGGAGUCACGCCUUAUCUUUUAAGAUGUGAGAGCCAGGGCCGGAGGGCAAUGCUUCAUUAUACUCCCCUUUUUAAAAAUUAAAACUCUGUUCUGGGACCUGCUUCAAAGGUACAGCUACACAUUUAGGUUGCCAUAUCUUUGCAACUGGAUUGCCCUUUUAAGGCAAGGGUAGCUAACCUGUGGCCUUUCAGAUGUUUUCAGAAUAUGACUCCCAUCAUCCCUGCCUGUUGGACAGGUUUGCUGGGCCUGAUGGGAGCCAGAUAUCAGCAACCUCUGGAGGGCUGCAGGUCAGCUGCCUCUACUACUACUAGUGGAGGUGUGACUCUCUCAAGUCUCUGGCAAUACUGUUGACCUGCAGGUCUCACAUCCAUAUUUAUCUGGAAGUAGGCGCUGUGGGUUAAACCACAGAGCCUAGGACUUGCUGAUCAGAAGGUUGGUGGUUCAAAUCCCCGCGACGGGGUGAGCUCCCGUUGUUCGGUCCCAGCUCCAGCCAACUUAGCAGUUCGAAAGCACGUCAAAGUGCUAGUAGAUAAAUAGGUACCGCUCCGGCAGGAAGGUAAACGGCGUUUCCAUGUGCUGCUGUGGUGCGCCAUAAGUGGCUUAGUCAUGCUGGCCACAUGACCCGGAAGCUGUACGCCGGCUCCCUGGGCCAGUAAAGCGAGAUGAACGCCUCAACCCCAGAGUCAAGCACGACUGGACCUAAUGGUCAGGGGUCCCUUUACCCUUUACCUAUGCCUCGUUGAGUAUGGUAGGUAGUGGGAGACAAAGCACUCUGCCUUGUCUUGCUGUGGCCUUCCAGGCAUAAUUCUAGAAAUUGUCUGAGUCAAACACGCUUCAGAGUUUAUCGUUUUGCCAUUGUGUACUUCAAUAAAACAUGAAAGGAGGGCGCACACGCCAGGGAAUUGCAGUUGGCCUGCGGCACUCUGGCACUUUCCCAUGGACUGCUUCCCAGACAUUUGGAUAUGCAAAUUACCAACAUUGCACAUUGGACCUUAUAGACUGUCUCCUUCCCUAUUUCAUAUUUGUCAAGCUGUUGCUCUCCAGUUGUUUUGGGCUGCAUCUCCCCAGCAACCUCAGACAUGCUGACUGGCACUGGUGAAAGUUCUAGUCCAAACAUCUGGAAGGAAACAGGCUGUCUUGCUUUGAUCUUCAGAAAUGGUUAAGAGCCCCGUUUGAAGGUGCCAGCUAUUUUCCUGGAGUGUAUAGCAAGGGCAUGAAAAAGGGAGAGAAAUAGUUUCUCUUCUACAACCAUAAAACUCAAUUCUUCUGAAGAGUAGGAUAGUAUUUCCACAAAAAUGCCAUGAGACCUUAUUUUUUGAGUUUGAAGUCCCAUAUUCAAGGUGAUGGUGGGCAGUGGGAUUUUGGCUGUGGUGCAUGUGAUUGUGCUGCUAAUAUUACUGCUAAUAUUAAAAAGGUAAAGGUAAAGGGACCCCUGACCAUUAGGUCCAGUCGUGGCCGACUCUGGGGUUGCAGCGCUCAUCUUGUUUUAUUGGCCGAGGGAGCCGGUGUUUGUCUGCAGACAGCUUCCAGGUCAUGUGGCCAGCAUGACUAAGCCGCUUCUGGCGAACCAGAGCAGCACACAGAAACGCUGUUUACCUUCCCGCCGGAGUGGUACCUAUUAAUCUACUAGCACUUUGACGUGCUUUCGAACUGCUAGGUUGGCAGGAGCAGGGACCAAGCAACGGGAGCUCACCCCAUCGUGGGGAUUCGAACCGCUGACCUUCUGAUCAGCAAGUCCUAGGCUCUGUGGUUUAACCCACAGUGCCACCCGCGUCCCUACUGCUAAUAUUACUUUAUAUUAAAUAUCCAGUUAUAAUUUGAGUAAGUGUGUUUUAGUUACAGACCCUGGAUUCUCAGGAGAACAUGGUCAUGUAUUCAAAACCAGAAAACUGGGAAUACCUUACAGAUGUGAGAUGAGACGAUGCAUGCUUUGAUGCCAUGUGUAUUUGAAAAAUACAUAAGCAUUUUUUAAUUCUUAAUAUUUUUGCAGGGUGGGAUUUGUUUACCUAGCAAUCUUUUUUUCCCAGUACUCCUCUUGGAAAUUAGUCCUUUUUGUCCUUGGUAAACUAAAUUGCUGAGUAGCACUGUUGAAGGAUUGCUGAAGUUAGUAAAUGGAAAUUGUAGGGGGACCCCCCCCCCCAAUUUCUAUAACAGCAUAUUAGACCUGAGAAAUAAAGGCAAAAUAAAUAAAAAUCUAAAGCUGUGACAUAGUUGAAUACCGUACAUAUUUAAAAAUAAAUAAAUAAACUGUCAGGGUUAUCUAUAAAGCACAGUUCUGACCUACAGUUUCAGGCACCAAUGAAUUAAGACUUGUGGUUAACUUGCAUGCCUGGGUAGAUGAUUGGACACUGGCAGCAGGCUGCAUAAAUUAAAAAGGCCGUGACUCUGAGAAGGCUUUCACAAGUCCUUCCCUCAAUGAAUGAACUUGACUCCUCUCAGAGGAGGAGUUGUAUCCAAUCAUGUGCCUCUGGUGCAACAAGGAGUUGUAUCCAAUCAUGUGCCUCUGGUGCAAAUUAUUGCUUUCAGAGAGCAGCCAAUUGGAACUUGUUAAUGAAUGGGAAUUCCAGCUGCAUGCAUUUCCUGCAGACGUGGUAAAUGCCCGGGUAGUCGAGGCAUUAUUAAUGUGGGCUAUUCAUUUAAGGGGGUCACUUUUAUCUGACAGCUGUUCGCUUCCUUUGGCAAAGGGCUAACUGUACUUCUCUUGGAGUGAGUAUAUUUCUUACGCGUUUUGAAUUAUCUUGGGUACGUGGCAUCCAUUCUCACAGUGUUCCUGUGUUUUCUAUUUGUGGCAUUUGUUUAGUAACUACGCUCGUUGGAAACUUUUUAAACACGUACAUCAAGCUGAGGAAGUAAGAGUUUUUCUUGAAAUACUUUAACUGUGUGCUUAUUGGGCAGCUGUAUAGUGGGUAUCAAUUUUCAAUGUCUUUUGUUUCUUUUUCCAAGAGAGUAGCAAAAAUGUUGCCUACAGUUUAACUUGAUCUAUGAAUGGAGAGCGACUGUGUGCUUUGUUUCUUCGGUGCUGAAAUAAACGUUUUCAGCUAAAAGCUAUUAAACAGCAAUUUUUUUAUAUACCUCUGCACGCUUUUUGUUACAUGGUGUAGGUGUUGACGUAUUAAUCCUCCCUUAAAGUAGAUUUUUUACUAGAUCAAUUUAUGCUGGAAUGAUAAUAUGAGGACUUUCAAGUUGCACUGACUCUUCAGAUUGAGUGCCCCAAAGUGUUGCUGCUAUUUUCAGUCUUUUACAUGUUGUUAAGGUUGCACUAAAAAUAGACUUCCAGCAGAAAAAAGAUAAUUAAUUCCUGGCUAUGCAUUAUUGGCUGGCACCAGCAUUAUGAAAUGCCUGUUAUCUGCUGGUAUGUAACCUCACUUCAGCAUGCUGCGUAGGCUAGCAAAUCUAUUCUGUAGGUUAUCGCCUGUAUAUAAUUUGGGCUUCUUACAGCUUGCCAUCCUUUGUAGUCUUCAUCCUUGAAAACAAUACACUUAGUCUUACCGGCUUUGUUUUGAAUGCAGAACAUUGUAAAACAUACGUAGCUAGAUUUAACCAGCUUGCUGGUAAUGACGCCUAGAUCCUAGUGACAACAAUAGUAAAACCCUCAUUAAUUUUCAAGGCUGUUGGAUUGUACCCGGUACUUUUUUUUGAAGUAUAAUCAGUGGUGAUAGUAAUGAUACCCUUGAAAGGUUUACAGUUAGUAUUGUUGCGAUGGUGACAUAAUUUUAUAUAAAUUGCUGUUCAGCUUAUUUUUGCAUUUGAGAUUCUUCUACAUGAAGGCUCAAGGUACUGAGGAAGACUGUCUUGGAACUAACAUAGGAACUUGGGAAGCUUCCAUGCACCCGGGGUGUAACAUGGAGGAUGCCAGCAGGGCCCGGGCCCUGGGCAUAGAUUUUUGAGGGGGUGCAAAGCAGGCCCCCCAGCGUGGCCUGGCCUGGCACUCCUCUCCCAGUGUCGGAGGAACCAACACUUAUGGAUAAGAGUACCGAACCAGGUCAUGCUGGAGGUGCCAGUGCCUGGUUCGUGCCCACCAAGUGCCGUGUUGCUUGGCUGGGCAGACCCAGUACGGGGUCACUCCAGCAGCGUCUGUGGCGAGGGCUGGGGUGCUGUGUUGGGAUCCUUCACCCUCUGCACUGUGUGGCCUGCCCUCGGUGCAUGCAUGCACCUGCCCUAGGAUCCAGGAGCUCACGCUACAUGGCUGCAUGCACAGUCAUUCCAGCUUGGUAUUGCAUACAUCAGGGGUAGCCAGUGUGAUCGCCACCAGUGCUGUUGGACUCCAUCAUUCUGCCAAUUGGCCAUGCUGACUGGGACUGAUAGGCAUCAGUGUCCAACCGCACCAUGUUGGUUACUCCAGCCCUAUAUUGCCUGCAGUGGCUCUCUGGGAUUUUAGACAAGUGUGUUUCCCCUGCCCUAUCUGGAGAUGGUAGGGAUCAGAUCUUGGACCUUCCACAUGCAAAGCCUGUUCUCUGUUCCUGAGCUACGGCCAUUGUAUUGAAAUAAGUAGUUAUGUCUAAGCUGGAAGAGAGAUAAUUAUUGCACCUGUACUGCGGCGAAAUGAAAUCUGUGUAUUAUACUUCGUUUAAAUUAUUAAGAUGCUGAAGGUAUUAAAACACUGUGAGAUGGUACCAACAUUGGAUACAACACAGAGAAAGAAUUGUGGACCUUGUUAACCUUCCCGCCUCCCCUCCCCAAGUCCUGAUGGAUGCAAAUCGCGAUCUGAAGUGACACAUGUUUUGAAUAGACUGCUUUGCAAGUCUCCGCUGCUAUUAUUUGCUAAAGGGCUAAUGCUUUUGUAUAUGGCAGGGCAUCUGUGUGGCUUCCUAA